GCCGGGCGACCAAUCAGCGCCGUUCGACUGCGCAGCGCCUCAUCUUGUCGCCAUUAUUGAGGUUUUUGUGGAGGUUGAAAGCUUGUGAGCAUUUUUACCAGGAUUUAGGGCCCAAAUUGUGCGGAUUUAGGCCCAAAUUUCGCGCCGCAGGCCCUCGGAAUAUCCGUCGGAGUAGGGUGUAGCCAUGUGCGGAACAUGAGCGCUACAAACUCCGUGCCGAACGGUUGUAGUCUGGAGGAUUGCCAUUCAAAUGUGUUUGCUCUGACUGACCUGACAGGUAUCAAAUGGCGUAGGCUACGCGCCCCGUGCCCUGCGGGUGUGGGGCCCCUGGAGGACCCCAUCCUCUCCUCCUUCGCCAAGUGUCUCGCCGCCGACGUCUUCUGCGUGUGGCGCCGUCUCAGCCCCAGCACCGCCCCGAAGUUCCCGGGAGACAGCUUCCAGGGCGAACCAUCGACUCCAACCCCGAAACAAGAGCGGGAGCUGUGGAUAUUCUGGUACGGGGACGAUCCCGACUUAACGGACGUGUUACACCCCGAGCUGAAAGAUGUGGAACAGGGGUCCUGGGAGAAGGAGUUAUCCUACGAGUGUCGGACCUUACUUUUCAAAGCCUUGCACAAUCUCUUGGAGAGAUACUUGCUGUCUGCGGACUUUGUACGGUUGGGGAGGUGGUUCGUGCGGCCGUACAUUCAAGGCACCGACAAGAACGACAAAUGCGAGUACCUGUCGUGCGCGUUCUCGUUCUUCCUGCACGGCGAGAGCACGGUCUGCACCAGCGUGGAGAUCCAGGAGCACCAGUUGGUGGAGCGCCUGUCCGUACAACACUUCAACAACGUGCAGGGCACCGCGGGCGGCUUCCACGUCCUCCUGAGUCCAUAUGGCCUGCACGCCACCCUAACGGGGCGGACCUACAAGGCCAGCGACCCCACCACACACAGGCUCCUGGACGAAUGGAAGCACUUCUACCCCCUGAGCGACCAGGCGUCUGCAGACGUGGGGGCUGCAGGGGACGCCAGUAACACGCUGCCUGUAGCCGUGGAGGUGGUUGUAGGUGGUGUGCGGAUGUGCUACCCUACUGAGUAUGUGGUUGUGCCCAUGAUCCACUGUGAGGAAGGGACCCAGACUGGAAGCGGUGGGGCCAGCCUAUCUGCAGUACAGCCUGUGAUGGGGAAGGGUUCUGCACCCAUGUCUACGCUGUCGUCCAUGUCCCUCACGCCGCCGACCUCCCCGCUCAACCAGACCGUGCUUCCGUCCGGCACCCGAGGAGGCAACCUGGUGACCGGCUGUCCCGCCAACGCCGGCCGCACCGUGGAGGACCAGCUGGGUUUCCGCGACGCGUCACCCGAGAGGCUGGCGAGGAAAGUGGCGACGCAAGUCUGGCAGGACAGCUGUGUCACCACGGGAGUCAAACGACCGCACCCGGAUGCCGCAAAUAACGCAGGGGAUGAUGGGAUAGGAGCGGAUCUCGGAAACUGGGACUUCAUCGACCCGACACAGAAGGUUGACUGCAAGUGUUCCAGGCUGCUGGCAGGGUUCGCUGGCGCGCGGCAAUCCAUCUCCCGCGACUCGUCGUGA